UGUGUCUAUGUAUAUAUUAUUAUAUAAGAUAUGACUUAUAUUGGUGUAGUACUAGAAGGUAUAUAUCUAUAGCCGGCUAUAGUUAAUUAAAAAUAUAUAUAAAUUAAAAUAAUUAUGAGGACUUGUUUGGAAAUCUUCUUCAUCACUACUAUCUCUCUCUUUCUUUCUCUCUAUUAAUAAUUAUUCCCUUUUCACUCCAAAACUAUCAUUAGAUUAUAUCCCUAUUUCUUCUUCUUCUUCUUCAUUCAUUACAAUUAUAAAUUUCUCUUUUCAAUAAUUUUUCCUUUCCCUUUUAAUUUUUUUCCUUUUCAAUAACAUAUAUACAUAUGGGAGAUCAUGAUCAUGAUGAUCAUCAAUCGAAAUUGAUAAGCUCAUCAUCAAUAUCAUCAUCGAGUAGUGAGGAAACAACGACAAAUCAUCAUCAUGAUCACGAAAUUCUGGAAGAGCAAAACAACGUUGUUACAGUUAACGUUGGAACAGGUAAUAAUAAUAACAAUAAUAAUCAUCGUUGGUACGAGUGUGUAUUUUGUAAAAGAGGCUUCACAACAGCACAAGCCCUAGGCGGACACAUGAAUAUUCAUCGCAAACAGAGAAGAUCAUCGCCUAAUAAUAAUAAUAAUAACAAUCAUAAUAAUAAAAAGUUAUUAUUAUUAGGAGAUGAUCACCAUCAAGAGGAGAUUACUACUAUUAAUACUAGUACUAAUUUGAGGACCUUUCUUGCAAUUAAUCAAAGUUGUUGUAGUACUACACCACCACCACAACUUCUACCACUACAUGAGUAUUUUGCAAACUCAUCCUCGGAUCAUCAUGAUGAGGGUAUAAAUGUAAAUUACCAUCAAAUUAAUAAGGGUAAUUUAUUUGAUCAUGUGGUAACAACACCCAAGGAUAAGGGUCUUGAUUUUCAUGAGUAUUUGAGUUUGGGAAUUAAUAAUUAUAAUAAUAAUAAAGAGAAAAUAAUAAGUACUUGUGUUCAUGAUCAAGAAGAAGAUGAUGUUGAAGUACUAGAUUUGGAGCUUCGACUUGGCUAUCAUCAUAAGUAUUACUAGCUAGUAUUUUUGUUUAAUUAAUUAAUAUAUUUAUUUAUUUAUUUAUUAUUAUAUGUGUUUUUUAUAUAUAGAUAUUAUUAAUUAUAUGUGUUGUUAAUUAAUUAGUAGUAGUAGUAGUUAAGGUAUAUAAUAAACCUAAUCCUUUUUUUUUCAAUUGUUUAUUAAUUAUUAGUAUAUCUAAUUAAUUUAAGUGAUUAACAAUUUGAUUAUGGUUUUUGUCUAAAACAAUAUUAUUUUAAGAUUUAUUCAAUUUUGAUGAUUACUUUUUAGUAACAAUAUAUGGAUU